AUGCUCUUAGAAGGCCUUCUCGCUAGCAAAAACAUCGCGCAACUGGCCGCACUCUCUGAUUGGGCAAACAAGAAUCGGGCCGCUGCAAAACCAGUCACUGCCUCGUCAGCUCCGGGACCUAGCAAACCUGCAAAAACUCAGCUGCCGACUCGGCCCCCAAUCAGCACAGCUCGUCCACCAUCUUCAAAUAUGGGCCGUCCACCCUUCGGCAAACCGCUUGCCCGAGCGGCGCCUCGACCUGGAAAUCCCCCAUCACCGAAAAAACUAAAACCCACCCCCGAUGUUAUCGAUAUCGAU